CGACGGUCAGGUCGGACUCGGUGUGUGUAAAAAUGCUCCACAGUUUUGUUCACUGUGUCCGGCUGACUGCCGGCCGGCCCGCGGUGCUACUCUCCGGCUUUAGAACCGGCGGACUCUGGCUGCGUCACGCCGGCAGGAGGUCACUUCUCCCCCGCAGUGAGAUCCCAUCCAGCUGUCCCCCCACCAGAUGUUUGUCCGCAGUGUCCCCCUCAAAUGACGGGGACCUGAUCUACUCUGGAACUCUGGGCUCUGCUGUGCGAGGGGUGAAACUCUUCUCUUACACCACCAGUGGUGCCAGCCUGGUCAUCAUGCCGCAGAUCCUCCUACAUUCCGGACUGGGAGUCGAUAACUUGGCCCUGCAGGUGUUGAUGUGUAGCGUCAUUGGUGUCUUCACCUUUCUGACUCCUGUUCUCCUCCACUUCAUGUGCAAAAGCUACGUGAUCCGCUUGUACUACAACCCGGACACGGACACCUACACCGCCAUCACCUACAGCGUCUUCCUGACUGAGAAGAGGUGCGUGUUCCACCAGAAGGAGGUCAAGAUCCCCGCCGUCAGCAAGAUCUUCACCACCUUCUAUGGGGGUCGGGUGGGGCUCCUGGUGAACCCAGACCUGUUCCCCUUUCCUCAGGACUACAACCAUCUGAUGGGCUACGAUAAACCCUUCAGCUUCAGCACAGACCACAAGAACUGACUGCAAACACUGAAAGUCCUUAGUUUAACUCCACAGACAGCGUGGCGAGAACAUUUCUACUGGUCUACGUGGACAUCUGUCAGCGUCUUGGUGCUUUUAUAUGGAAGCAAAAGUGUCUCAAAUGAUCAAAUUUAAAAUGGUUUUUCAUUUUCUAAAUAAAGCU